GGAGACUAGCGGCUGGAUUUGCAACUAUAGAGACUGAUUAAAACACACAUUUGCUAGGGAAAAACUAUUCUAAUAAAGUGAAAUUCUAUUCUACAUUUAGACCGAACUUCUACUUUCAACUAAUUUUGACUGGCAAUUAUUGCACAAAAAUAAGGGCUUAUAACCAUUUGAAAAGUUAUGGAAAACAAUAACCAAUGGUGUCAGUUAUGAGUGAACUCCGGACAUCAUGGUAAACUGGCUCUGCAUAACUACUUUCAAAAAUCACAGCUUUUGACUCCUUAAACCCAACAUUGCAAAAUAUUGUUUUCCUCCUGUUGUGCGGAAUUCUUCAGAAGGACAAUGAAUUGUAAUGUUUGUUUGGAGGUCGCGUUUACAUUAUGAGGCCGAUUAGCUUUGCUGGAGUUCAAAUGGACAAAGAGAAUGGUUCACUAGUCUUCACCGACCGAGCAGACAGAACCUGGAUCUAAAGUGAGGUUCGACUGCCGACUUCAGUGCCAUAACUUCACAAACAUAGACUUUUGAAUAUCGGACCCACUACGAGGAAAUUAUGUGGAGCCCGUGGCAGUUGGUGUACCGUACAGCCUUCGGCUGCAUGGUUCUGGAAAUAUUUAUUCACAAUGUUGCACAAGGACUCAAUGUUUGUAUGAGUGGCAGCGCUACAUCCUGUGAAGAAUGCCUCCUCAUCUCUCCGAGCUGCGCCUGGUGCGCGCAAGAGGAGUUUGGCAGGGCGAGGACCCUGACGUCACGGUGUGACUUGAGUCAGAACCUGCAGAAGAGAGGCUGUGAGGCCCAUAACAUAGAGAGUCCUAGUAGCACAACCAUGGUAGUGAAGAGCGAACCCCUCAGCUCCAAAGGCUCCGGGCCGACCCAGUAUGAUGUCAUCCAGAUCAUGCCCCAGAAGAUCUCCCUGAAUCUUAGACCAGGUGACCAGACCUCAUUCGAAGUGCAGGUGCGUCAGGUGGAGGACUACCCUGUUGACCUGUACUACCUGAUGGACCUGUCUCUGUCCAUGAAGGAUGACCUGGACACCAUCAGGAACCUGGGCACCAAGCUGGCUGACGAGAUGAGGAAACUCACCUCAAACUUCAGACUAGGCUUUGGCUCCUUCGUAGACAAGAACAUGUCACCAUUCUCUUACACAGCCACCAAGUACCAGGACAACCCCUGCAAUGGAUACAAGCUGUUCCCCAACUGUGUCCCUUCCUUUGGGUUCCGCCACCUCCUCUCCCUGACGGACAAGGUGGAUCGCUUCAACGAGGAGGUGCAGAAACAGAUGGUGUCUCGCAACAGGGACGCUCCGGAGGGAGGCUUCGACGCCAUCCUGCAGGCUGCCGUCUGUAAGGAGAGGAUAGGUUGGAGGAAGGAGGCCUUCCACCUGCUGGUGUUUGCCACAGACGAUGUGCCUCACCUGGCCUUGGACGGUAAACUAGGAGGCCUGGUCCAGCCCCAUGAUGGGGAGUGCCACAUGAAUGAGAAGAACGAAUACAGCGGCUCCACCAAGAUGGUAAGACAAGGCACGGUUUCUAUAGAGCUAUAA